CGUCAAUCCCGCCAAACCGGGUAGAAAUUUGGGCGCUGCCAAACGGUUCUAACCUCCACUUCUCGACGCAUUCAUUACGUCUUAUUUAACUUUCCUCUCUACUGCGGCGUUUCCGGCUUUGGCCCAAGUCUUUGGCAUAAACACAUACCGGAUUUACCUUACCCAUCCCAUUGCGAAUCUCUUAGCAAUUAUCAGACGCGUGAUAUUUUUGGAGCUCCAGCUGUCCGUCUGUUGGAACUGCACAAUGCUACAGGUCUUGCGCUGGAGGGGCGCAAGCCUUACACGUACCCUCAUUUUCAACCAGAGAGUGUCAACGGCAUCUACGGCAAGGCCGACAUACUUUACAUACAGACUCCUUACCCCAACUCAGAGCGGCACAUCGACACGCGCAUUCUCGAGCUCCACGAACGAUACUUCGUCCACUCUAAAAUCAGACUCCCGAAAUGCAAGUCGAACAACCGGCUCUCGGAGGUCGCUCGCGCAAGAGCAGACCCUAGAGUGGGAGGACAAGGUCAACUAUAAUGUGGUGGACAAGUUCAGCGAUCUUCCCUACCGGCACUUGGGGUACAACCAGCACAUGCUUAUCAAUGAGGAGUUCAAAAAGGCCUUGGGAGAUAUUGUCAAGUCCUUCCAGGCCCCCAUUAUAUACGCCUUCGCCUACGGCUCUGGAGUUUUCCCACAGUCAAAGCUUCUCGGGAAGGCACCUAGCGAUGAACUCCUUCGAUCAGUACACCCAAAACCAGACCCCGCCAUCGUGCGCGCUCAGGGAGAGAGCCCCAAGAUGAUCGACUUCAUCUUUGGCGUGUCUCACACCCAGCACUGGCACUCUCUCAACAUGAGGCAGAAUCGUCACCACUACAGCGCAGUGGCAAGCCUCGGCUCCGGGCUUGUGAGCCGUAUUCAGGAUCACUACGGCGCUGGCGUCUACUUCAAUCCAUAUGUGAACGUGAACGGGACGCUGAUUAAGUACGGUGUUGUAAACGUCGAUACGCUGUGCCGUGACCUGACCGAGUGGGAUACGCUGUAUCUCUCCGGGAGGCUACACAAGCCCGUCAAGAUCAUCCGCGACAACGCGCGGGUCCGGCUGGCAAACCAGACAAACUUGCUGGCGGCCAUCCGAACCGCCCUGCUCAUGCUCCCAGAGGAGUUCACCGAGCAGGAACUGUAUUCGCUGAUUGCAAGUCUAAGCUACCUUGGUGACCCACGAAUGCGCUUCCCCACAGAGAACCCGCGCAAGGUCGGCAACAUUGUCAACAACAACAAGAUACACUUCCGCAACCUCUACGCACCUCUCAUCCGUGUGCUGCCUAACGUGAGGUUUCUGAUUGAUGACCCCGAGACAGCCGACCCGGCUCAGGAUCUGCGCAUGAGGCAGGCCAUGUCGGACGAGACGCGAGGCAAUAUGGUUCGCAGACUGCCUAAGCGAUUCCGAUCACGAGUCUACUUCCAGUACCAAAAGAAGUGGCAGAUCUCGCGGGCGGAUUUCAACGCGGCCACCGAGAACCUGCACACGGAGGAAGGCGGCAUCACGUUUGGUACCCGGCUGGGCGGCGAGUUCGACCAGCGCAUCGCCAAGGACGACGAAGUCGAGCGUCGGGAGAUUCUGAGGGCCGUCAUCAAGCAGACCACCAGCUGGCCUAGCACAGCCCAGUCGCUGAAGGGCAUCGUCAUGUCCGGGUUCGGCAGGUCUUGGCGGUAUCUAAGCGAGAAGAUGUCCAAGUACCGUGAGGGCAAGAAGCCUCUGCCGGCUCCAGAGGCUGAUGGCGGGAAAUCAGAUUCCAAGAGCAUCUCGAGCUCAAGCAGCGAGUCUCUUUCGGAAGAAAAGACCCAAGACGAGCACAAACCAAAAUCCCAGUGAAGCUAUUGGGGAUAUUGAUUUUCCUAAAAAGAAAAUUUUGCCCUUUUCCUUUGUCCGAGUAAUACGGUGUGGUAUAGAAAAGCGGGCAUUGUAUGCAUUGUAAAGGAGUUCUGGAUAGGCACGGUGCUUCUUCUACUUUUUGAGACUUUUUAUCAACGAUUGUCACCAACACCACUGAACAUUGAAGCUUCGCCGAGAUUGAGGCUCCAGCGACUAUUUUCUUCUAAUCCUCCAAAUAAUUUAUUCCAUCAGCCCAGGCCGAGACGAGCCGCGUGUGGUGAAACAUGGUCACUUUCUUGACGGAUGCAACAAGCCUUUUGGAAUUUAUAUUUAGGUAUGUGGUUGCCUCAGUACUACCCUGGUAGCUCUGUGCGUGAUUGCUUGCCAGGUUCCCAUACAUUUCCCCUUAUCUUGGAAGCUCCCCUCCGGUUCAUGUUCAAACCAGCGAUGACACCACCACCUCUCAUCGAUCUCACCAACUACUGUCAGUUUCGAGAAGGGGAUUAAUUUCGAAUCACGAAAUAAGGCACUUCCUGU